AUGCACCUAUCUAUGAACGUUCUUUUAAAAAUUACAAUAUCACUGUUACUCUUCUCUCAAAUAACUCAGGCAUUCUGCGUAUACAAUAAACUAGAAGGUGAUCGUGUUCGUAUGUUAGUAACUGGUCCAUUUACAAGCGCCCCUCCAGACCGAAAGUUUUCUAAAGAAAUUGAUCAAGGUGAGAGUGAAUGUUGUCCAUAUGAUAAUAAAGAUUGCGUUUCUGGUGGUCAACGUCAUGCUCCCGUAUUUUUAUAUUUUAAGUUUGCUUUCGAUUUGCUUGAAAUGUGGGAAGUGAAGCGACAGUACAACGUUGUCUGCGAAGGAGGAGCGGGUAUUGUCCUUACAGGAUCAAAUUAUAGCAAUAUAGAAUGCACAUGCUUCAAAUCAAACGGAGAGGUUGUGCGAUCAAAAUUACAACACUGGGCGCUUGUGUGA